GUAUUUAUUGUUCCUGGGCUGAGGAGAGCCAGGCUGCCUGUGGGAUUCUUCUCGGGGAGUAGCGCUGUGUCCUUUCCACCAUGUCACCUAAGAAAGCCAAGAAGAGAGCAGAUGGAGCCAAUUCCAACGUGUUCUCCAUGUUUGAACAGACCCAGAUCCAGGAAUUUAAGGAGGCCUUCACCAUCAUGGACCAGAACAGGGAUGGCUUCAUAGACAAGAAUGAUCUGAGGGACACCUUUGCUGCUCUUGGGCGUGUGAACGUGAAAAAUGAGGAAAUUGAUGAAAUGCUCAAGGAAGCUCCAGGUCCAAUUAAUUUUACUGUGUUCCUAACGAUGUUUGGGGAGAAACUUAAGGGGGCAGACCCUGAGGAGACCAUCCUUAACGCGUUCAAAGUGUUUGACCCUGAAGGCAAAGGGGUGCUCAGGGCUGAUUAUGUAAAGGAGAUGCUGACCACGCAGGCGGAGAGGUUUUCCAAGGAGGAGAUUGACCAGAUGUUCGCUGCCUUCCCCCCCGACGUGACCGGCAACUUGGACUAUAAGAACCUGGUCCACAUCAUCACCCACGGAGAAGAGAAGGACUAAGGGAGGGGCUUGCCUUUGGCCUGGGUACCUUGUAGAUACCACAUGGCUACAUGGCCUGCAGAUGCAAGUCUGUCCAACGACCAUGUUCAAAUAAACAGGAGGUCAAGUA